AGUCGAGAAGCUUCUGAGGGAUUAGUGGAGGCAGCUAGGUAGUAUGGCUGCUACCCUAGGCUGACGUUUUUAGCCGGAGGGUGCCGACUGCAAGCACGAUACGCCCUGCCAAGUUGCCAAGUGUGGUCACGGUGGCCACCAUCUUUCUGGCGGUCGGCGGCCUUUUCUUCUCUGUCUUUGUUCGGCAGCCUUUUGCCGUCUCUCGACAUGGCGUGCUGUGCGUGAGGGACAGCCCAGGGCAUGAAUCGGCGAUCGCGGAGGCGGCAGUGUUAGACAUUACGACCACCUCGACCACCUGUCCGGGACUCUCAACGUUUUUGACCCCCGCACAGUGCUUACCGGACUGAGAAAGAAUUGCAACAAAAAUGACAGCGGCAUAAUAAUCAGUGCAGAGUGUCGGGCGAGACGCCAAAGAAGAAAAGAAAUGAGCGGGGACAUUGCAGAAAUGUGGCAGCGCCACCUCGUCGCGGCCGGAGAUGACGCGUCGGCGACUAGCGUGCGCGUGAUGCCUUCGGUAAACUACAGCUUGGACGCCGAUGAGACAGGCGCGAGCAUCAGACGGACUACACUGGAUGGGACUCAGUGGGACGAGAAGAUGAAUUCCGUCGUCGAUGCCCUACAAGACAUGAUAGCACAAAGCCCCAACACGCCAGACACACACAGCCCGGAGGCGCCGUGGUUUACUGACAGAGAGGGGUACACGGAGACGGCGCUGUCGUCUCCGCAGAACUCGAGCUGGUCGAGGACAAUUGCGCCGCCAAAGAAGCAGAGACCAGCAUCGUUAUCGUUUCGCGGGGUCGAUGACGGACCAACUCAUAGCACCAAGGCCGAUUUCAACAGUGGGAGCGCCCGUGACUGUCGCAUUGAAAAGGGGAAGGGAAAGGGAAAGGGGCGAGGGGUAGGCCUCUCGGACGACACCAAAUCCAAUAACAAUUACACACUCGACCCGGAACCGUUUAGCGACUGGUACCGAGACCACGCCAUGUCGAUGUCUCGGACGACGCAGCAGAAGCUGAUACUGACAAGCCAAGACAAGGGAUACUACACGAUGCCGGCAGCGCCCGAGACGGCAACGGCCAUCUACAGCGACCGGCGGCGCGGCGGCGCGGAACAGAAGGCGACGCCUCCACCAGACGAGGUGCACGUACUGGUGCUGACGUGGGCCAAGCACGACCGACGCGGCGACGACGGGCAGCUGCUCUCACCGGGGCUCGACACGGACACGGACACGGUGCGGGCGUGCUUCAAGCACCGCGGGUACCGCGUACAGUGCCGCCUCAUCCCCGACGACUACCCCACGGCCGCCGUUGAAACCAUGCUCGACCGCUUUCUGAGCAGCUCGUCGCCUUCAACCCUGCUCGUCAUCUACUACCACGGCUUUGGUAGCAUGGAGAGAGACCGCAUGGUGUUUUCGAGCCGUCCCGGAGGCAGCUUCUUCUACUGGGACGAUGUGCGCGACCCCAUCAUGCAGGCGCCGGGCGACGUGCUGCUCGUGCUCGACUGCUCGGCGGUGGCGGUGACGGUGGUGGGCUCCGGGCAGCAGCAGCAGCAGCAGCCCGAGGUGCGCGUGGAGACGGGAUUGGCAUGGUCGCCGUCGACCAAGCAGGUGCUCGGGGUGUGCGCCCUGGUGGACGACGGCAAGGGUACUAGUACCGGUAGUAGUAGUGUGGCGGCCAAGGACUUUAUGACGCAGGCGCUCUGCCGCACGCUGGACAGGUUCCAAGAUGGCGGCGCCCAGACGCUGUCGGUGCAGAACCUGUGCUCGUACAUGCGCGAGGACCUGCGACAGACGGAGACAGAGACGGAGACAGGCACGGACACGGAGACGGAGACGGACACGGUCGCGGACACGGAUCUGGCCACGAGGGUCUUCGUCACGCAACUCGGCGGCGGCCAGCUGCUGGACAUUUAUCUACCACGGUUGUAGGAGUACCCGUAAUAGUAGUCUCGUCCUUUUUAAGAGAUGUCUAAUUAACUCUAAUUAGUGCCUAGUUCUAGGUAAUUAUAAAAGAGAAAAUAAUUCAAAA